UUCCCCAGGUAUUUCACUCUUUAGGGUUUUCUGUCUCUUCUUCACCAAUAUUGGUGGGUGUGACUCUUCCUUCUCUGUACCAUUAGGCGUGGUACCAUUUCCCCUCUGUUCAUGGCCUGUUGAUGUCUCUGGCCCUUCAAAUCGCUUCCACUUCAAAACGGACAAUGGGGUUCGACGACAACGACAAUGACGCCAAACAAGACGAUUCGACCAAACUUUCAGACCCCAAAAAAGCUGGGGAUGAAACACCCGGCGUUGAUGCGUCUUCUGGGCUGACUCGUAAAAUGAGUGAGACCUCAAUCUGUGCCACUGAAGAGGACGACGACGAAGAGGGAAGGAAAAUCGAGUUGGGUCCUCAGUACACUUUGAAAGAACUCAACGAGAAGGACAAGGAUGAUGAAAGCCUCAGAAGAUGGAAGGAACAGCUUCUGGGUGAUGUCGAUUUUGAAGCUGUUGGAGAAACUCUUGAGCCGGAUGUGAAGAUUGUAAGCCUUGCAAUUAAGUCAGCAGAGCGGCCUGACAUUGUUCUUCCAGUUCCUGAAAGUGGAAACCCCAAAGGCCUCUGGUUUACUUUGAAGGAAGGCAGUCGUUAUAGCCUCUUGUUUACAUUUCAGGUCAGCAAUAACAUUGUAUCUGGUCUCAAAUACACCAAUACCGUGUGGAAAACUGGCGUCAAAGUUGACAGUACAAAAGAGAUGAUCGGAACCUUUAGCCCUCAGCCUGAACCUUAUUAUCAUGAGAUGCAGGAAGAAACGACUCCAUCAGGCAUCUUUGCGAGGGGAUCCUAUUCAGCCAGAAGCAGGUUCGUCGAUGAUGAUAACAAGUGCUAUUUGGAGAUCAAUUACACAUUUGAUAUCAGGAAAGACUGGAAGGAGGAACAGCCUGCUUAAUCAUAUCCUCGAGCUCCAUCAUUCGAUCAUUCGGUGCCCGAUUUGCCCCGAACCCGCUGCUGCUCCAUCGUUAAUUUUGCUUCUGUUCUUAUUUAUUCUUAAUCUUCUCAAAGUUGGUGUUUAUUUUUCUUUUGUUUCCUUUAUUUUUUUGAGAAUGAGGAUGAAGGAUGUGUUUGAACUAACAAUAGAAAAAGAAAAACAGAGAUGGGUUCGAUCUGUAUUGUCAAUAAAAAAAGCUCAGCUUUGGUUUUUCCUUAAA